AUGUUUCAUUAUAUUUAUAAAAUAUAUAUUUUUACCAUAAUACUAUGUGCAUCUAAUCUAUUUAAUAACAAUGUAGUAGAAAUUGGAACAUACAAAUUAUCAUACCAUAAUGGAGGGAUACAAUUCAGAAUGUUAGCACAAAAAAACACAAAUAAAAAACCAUUCGGAAAUACCUUAACGAAUAUAUUGUUUAAGGACAAAAAAAAAAAAAAUCUUGAUCCUCAAAUUUCAUCUCUAGUCAGUUUAGUAGAUAAUAUGAAUAUAACUCAAGAAAAAAAAGAUAAAAUCAAAAAUCUCUCAUUAAAAUAUAUAAAUAGUAGAGAUGUAAAAGAAAAAAAUGAAUCAAUUAAUGAACUUCAAAAAUAUAGUAAUAACGAAGAAUGUAAAGAAUAUAUGGAUAGUUAUUUAAUGCAUCUUCGUAUGCAAAAUGAUAUAAAAUGUUUAAAAAGAAAAAAUUUGUGGAAUAAUAUUUGGAUUGUUUCAACGACCUUAUUAUUAAUCAUUAUAAUGAUAGUAUGUUUAUUUUCGGUUGAUAUUACAUCAUCUUCUGCACUUGGCCCUGCAUUUAUUCUUUUAAUUUUUAUUAUCCAUAUAGUUGCUCGUUAUUUUCCUGACAUGAAAAUAGGUUUUAAAAAAUUAAAAACAAAAUUGAACACAUUUUUUCAAAACAAAAAGCAAAUAACAAAAUAA